AUGAUUCUGUUCUGGCAAAAGGAAUGGGAGAGGUAUAUAUCGUGGGGCAGAGUUGAAGUCUACGAAAAUAACAUGGCAUCCACACAAGAAGACCGCAAAGAACUUGAUGAGAGGGCAAAGCAAGGCGAAACUGUGGUUCCUGGGGGAACUGGAGGGAAGAGUCUUGAGGCUCAAGAACAUCUUGCUGAAGGAAGGAGCCGUGGAGGGCAGACGAGGAAGCAGCAGCUGGGGUCAGAGGGGUAUCAUGAGAUGGGAACCAAAGGAGGGCAGACAAGGAAGGAACAGAUGGGGAAAGAAGGGUACCAAGAGAUGGGACGCAAAGGAGGGCUCAGCACCAUGGACAAGUCUGGUGGAGAACGUGCUGAAGAGGAAGGCAUAGAAAUCGAUGAGUCCAAGUUUAAGAAAAACUAA